AUGCCAGAAGUAAGCGAAAUUGACAAGUGUAGAGCGAAGAGAAAAGUUGCGAAAGCUAGCGUGACAAGAAAUAUGAAUCGUGUCAGAGAGCUGAUCUCUAGCGAUGGAAGUGUUUCGAAAGUCCGACAGUUUGCCAAAGGUGUAGAAGAAGGUCGUACGAAAGCCCGUGACCUUACGAAAGAACUGGAAGAGCUUGAUCCAGCGUCAGUUGAGACUGAUGGUAGCUGGUUAGAAGAGGUAGAAUUUGAUGUCAACGAAGUCCUGGGAGAAGUUGCUGAAUAUUUAUUAAAGUCUGAGAGCCCAUCGCCAAACGAACAGUCUAGUAUUGCAUCACCAACUGCUCAGAAUAAUGAUGAAAAUACUGAAACUGUGAACGAUUCAAUGUCUGGGAAAAGAACUGGUCUGAAAGGUGUUGAAAUCCCAUCAUUCGAUGGAAAACCAAAUAAGUGGCCGUACUUUUGGGGAAUAUUUAGUUCUCUUGUGAGGGUCUCCCAGGGGUUUUUGGGGAACAAGGGAACACUGUAAAUUUUACAGUGGGAACACGGGAACAAAGGAAAACAAAAUUAGGGAAAAAGGGAACACGAAAUUUAUUGGGGAACAGGGGAACAAAGCCCCUUUCCUAGAAUAUAUACAAGUGGUACAAUGGCCUAAUGUAUUGUAGAUGAAAAAUAGGCAUAAUAUAUCGUUUUCUCCAAUUUGUCCAACCAUGCAGCUAGUGUACUUGUGGUAUACUGUUCUACGGGCUGCUUGAGGAUGAUAAGUGAAGUUUCUCCUCUAGUCAGAUUUUUGAGCAGCCAUCAUGACUUUUCUCGGUCACAUUUUGCUUGCACCUGAAAAAGCAGAUACCAACGGCAACGCCCUUCACAAUCGACGCAGCAAUCACCAGAAUCGAAGAGGUAUAUGACUUCGAUUAUCAGUACAUACAUAGAACAAGUCAAAGCCUUCCUUAGAACAAAUACCCACAGCCAAGGUCCGCAAGGAAACGUUUCUUCAGUCGUUGUGGAAGACGAAACAAGAAUCUUUGGGAGAAAUGCGAGGUCUGCUUCAAAAGUAUGA